CCUGAGGCUCCACGACUCCGCUCCGCCCGGAAGUAGCGUUGGGGAGGCGGUUUCCUAGACUACGACACCGGAAAGCUGGGGGAGGCGCUCCGGCUGGCCGAGGGCGGAGGGCGGUGGCAGCGCUGGCGCUGGGGACCGACUCGGUGGCUUCGGCAAACAGUUUGACGCUGGCGGCUGCCCGCCUCACUCCACACCCAGCCUUCGUCACGGCUUGCAGCCCCCUCGCCACCGGCGUCCGGCAAUGUGUCCCGCCGACCGGGCGUAGCAGCUGCGCGUGCGUGGAACCGCGGGGCCAUGAGCGAAGCCGGCGGUGGCCUGGGCUGUGGGUCCCCGGUUCCCCAGCGAGGGCCAUGGAGCCUGGUGGCCGCGACAGCCGCGCUCUGCCUGGUGUCAGCCACGUCUUUGUGGACGGCGGGGGCCGCGCCCAUGAGUAGGGAGGAGAAACAGAAGCUUGGGAAUCAAGUUCUGGAAAUGUUUGAUCAUGCUUAUGGUAACUACAUGGAGCAUGCUUAUCCAGCAGAUGAACUCAUGCCUUUAACCUGUAGAGGUCGUGUUAGGGGCCAGGAGCCAAGCAGGGGUGACGUGGAUGAUGCCUUGGGAAAAUUUUCCCUGACACUGAUUGAUUCUUUGGAUACUCUUGUGGUAUUAAAUAAAACUAAAGAAUUUGAAGAUGCAGUGAAAAAAGUUUUAAGAGAUGUUAAUUUAGAUAAUGAUGUAGUUGUGUCUGUCUUUGAAACAAACAUCAGAGUUCUUGGCGGUCUUUUGGGUGGACACUCACUGGCAAUUAUGCUGAAAGAAAAAGGUGAAUACAUGCAGUGGUACAAUGAUGAACUUCUCCAAAUGGCAAAACAAUUGGGUUACAAACUCCUGCCAGCUUUCAAUACUACCAGUGGGCUUCCUUAUCCAAGAAUUAAUUUAAAGUUUGGCAUCAGAAAACCAGAGGCACGGACAGGAACUGAGACCGAUACCUGUACAGCUUGUGCAGGUACCUUGAUCCUUGAGUUUGCUGCUUUAAGUCGAUUCACUGGAGCAACAAUAUUUGAGGAAUAUGCAAGAAAAGCUCUUGAUUUUCUCUGGGAAAAAAGACAGCGAAGUAGUAAUUUAGUUGGUGUGACUAUCAAUAUUCAUACUGGAGAUUGGGUACGAAAAGAUAGUGGAGUUGGAGCAGGGAUUGAUUCAUAUUAUGAGUAUCUGUUGAAAGCUUAUGUCUUGCUUGGAGAUGACAGUUUCCUGGAAAGAUUUAAUACACACUAUGAUGCCAUAAUGCGGUACAUUAGCCAGCCACCUCUGCUACUUGAUGUGCAUAUCCACAAACCAAUGCUGAAUGCUCGGACCUGGAUGGAUGCUUUGCUUGCCUUUUUUCCAGGUUUGCAGGUUUUAAAAGGGGAUAUUAGACCCGCUAUUGAAACUCAUGAAAUGUUAUAUCAGGUGAUUAAAAAACACAAUUUUCUACCAGAGGCAUUUACUACAGAUUUCAGGGUACAUUGGGCUCAGCAUCCUUUAAGACCAGAAUUUGCUGAAAGUACCUACUUCUUAUAUAAAGCUACAGGAGAUCCUUACUACCUUGAAGUAGGGAAAACGCUUAUCGAAAAUUUAAAUAAGUAUGCUAGAGUGCCUUGUGGAUUUGCUGCCAUGAAGGAUGUUCGUACUGGAAGUCACGAGGACAGAAUGGAUUCUUUCUUCUUGGCUGAAAUGUUUAAAUAUCUUUACCUAUUAUUUGCUGAUAAAGAAGACAUUAUUUUUGACAUUGAAGAUUACAUCUUUACAACAGAAGCUCAUCUAUUACCUCUUUGGCUCUCUACUACAAAUCAAAGAAUCUCUAAAAAGAAUACAACCUCAGAAUAUACAGAACUUGACGACAGUAACUUUGACUGGACGUGUCCAAAUACUCAGAUUCUCUUCCCCAACGAUCCAUUGUAUGCCCAGAGCAUUCGUGAACCCUUGAAAAAUGUGGUGGAUAAGAGCUGUCCUAGAGGCAUCAUCAGAGUCAGAGAGGAGAGUUUCAGGAGUGGAGCUAAACCCCCUCUAAGAGCCAGAGAUUUCAUGGCCACUAACCCCGAGCAUUUAGAAAUUCUGAAGAAGAUGGGGGUGAGUUUGAUUCACCUGAAAGAUGGGCGCGUCCAGUUGGUUCAACAUGCAAUCCAAGCUGCUAGUUCAAUUGAUGCUGAGGAUGGAUUGAGGUUCAUGCAGGAGAUGAUUGAAUUGUCAAGUCAGCAACAAAAAGAGCAACAGCUCCCUCCGCGGGCUGUACAGAUUGUUUCCCACCCAUUUUUUGGCAGGGUAGUGUUGACUGCCGGCCCAGCUCAGUUUGGGCUGGAUCUGUCUAAGCAUAAAGAGACAAGAGGCUUUGUUGCAAGCAGUAAACCAUACAAUGGUUGCUCAGAACUUACUAACCCUGAGGCAGUGAUGGGAAAAAUUGCACUGAUACAAAGAGGACAGUGCAUGUUUGCAGAAAAGGCACGUAAUAUCCAGAAUGCAGGAGCCAUCGGUGGCAUUGUUAUUGUCUUUGUGAGGAAAGUAGCAUGGAGUUUGUUUCUUUCUUAUACAGAUCCUGAAACGGAAAAUGAAGCACAGCUAUCCUCAGAAAAUGAUUCUCAGAGUCAAAGUGCUGAACAGAUUAUAUCAAUUUCUCAGGCAGUUGACUUGGUUGAUCAAGAGUCUCCUGAGGAAAGUUCUCUAGACUCUCACUCAGACUCAUCACCAGCAGAUCCUGACAGUGCUGCAAGCAUUUCCCCUGCUGAACAGACUUCUAAUCCCACAGAAGACCAGGAACCUACCAGUCUGGAUGGUGAAUGUACAGAUCUGGAUAACCAACCUCAAGAACAGUCAGAAACUGAGGAAGACUCCAAUCCUAAUGUUAGCUGGGGUAAAAAGACCCAGCCUAUAGACUCCAUACUAGCGGACUGGAAUGAAGAUAUAGAAGCUUUUGAAAUGAUGGAGAAGGAUGAACUAUGACUCACUGAAAAGUGUGGUGGUAGGUAUUUAAAAAGAAAAAGUAAACUGGUUAGAGACACCCUAUACUAAGCAUGCUCUCCAAGGGGCUUUAAGUAUGGCGAUGAGCAACCAUGUUCUGACUGAGAUGGGUAGUUAGCAUAGGAAUCUGGAGCAUGUUGCGUUAAAAAUGACCUCAGUUAGACUGUCCCAUCAAAAGUGGAACUCGCAGUUCCCCCCUCAAAUGACAGCAUUGCACAACUUGCAGCAUGCCUGGCCAGGGAAGACAUCUGGCACUUCCUGGGAACUGAACUUUUGUCUCUGGGUAGACAGACAAACUCAGUAGUUGAGUAAGAAAUUGGAGUUUGUAGCUUUCUAGCUAGAGGAAGCAUGGCUUUCUUGAUUUGGUCAUUAGAGGCUCUUUUGGGAAGAUACACAUGGGCAUUGUGGCAUUCAGGUUGUGCUGCCUUCACACACACACAAAACCCCUCUAUAGUGAUUUAAGUGGUUAUGAAACAUGCAUUUAUGGUGACAGUUUUUGUUCAUCACUUCUUUCAUUCAACGACAGGUAAUCAAAUGACUUCUGGUUUUUUCCCUCCUAACAAUGUCUUUUUCAUUUAAACUAAAGGUGAAGCCAGUGUAUUUUCUCAGUUUUCUGCAUAAAUGCUAAUCAUGAGGCCAGGUAAAAAGGUCAUAUUCUGAAAAUUGGUUACUUUUGUUAAGUGGAGCAAGGGAGAAACUGUAAUGUAUUGUGAACUUCCCAUUGGGCCUUCCAUAAGGAAAUCUGGGACUACUCUGAAGUGACACUUAGCAUAUAUCCUUGUUGGGUGGGUCAUAAAUCUUCUCUAGUUCAUUUCUCUGAGAGGUGGUCACCUCUGGCCACCAGCCUCACUCAUGCCAUGUGUAGUAUACAGUUUGAGCCAAAAGGCCCAUAUCGCCAACAGCUGAAUAUACUUUAUUCCAUUUUUCUGUCUUCUGAAGCCAUGAUAAAAUUAUGGUGGUGAUCUAAAAUUACUUGAGUAACUACUGUUUUUCUCCUCAGAAACUUUGGUUUCUAAAGUCACACCUAAAGAAUUUGCCAUAUUUUAUGUUGAAUCAUGAGUUUUGGGUUUGUUCUUGUUUUAACAAAUAUUUCUUAUGAUAUAGAAUUGAAAAUUAGUUUGCGGUGACCUUUUUCUCCAAAAAAUUUUAUAGUAAGAAUUACAUGUAGCCAUGUAGUUUAAUGAAAAAAUUUUCCCUUUUUCUCUUUUUGGUGGUGGUCUUAUGCUGGCCACAUUUAAAUUUUAAAAAGUUUAUUGUUGAUAUUGUUAGCCUGGACUUGAAAUCAUGGCCUUGCUCAUUGUAUUUAUUUUUUAAACUUUUAUUAAUCAGUUCCAACAGACUAUCUGAGAAAUCUGAUUUCCUUUCUUUUUAUCAUGAUAUUACAUAAUAAUCUUUUCCUAAAACAUGAUUUUGAGGUACUGAAUAACUUAUAUGUGGAAUUGUUAAAGAACAGCAAUGCUGUGUUGUAGUUAUGUAUAUUCAUGUACAGUAUGUCUUAGAUCCCAAGUAAGUAUUCCUUUGUAAGAGGAUAACUACUUGUUUCAAAAUUCUAGCUAAACAUAAUUGGGUCAGUGAGUAAUAAAUCUACUACAGAAUUUGCUUUGGGGAAGGGAAAAAAUAGUAGCAUAACAAGGCCUUUAUUGGCCCUUAAUUAAACCUGACACCAAAAUGGAUAUUUUUAGUCUCUCUGCAUGUCAAAUUUGAGGUAAGAAGAUAGAACUAUAAUACAUACAGCUUUCAGAAAGGUAGACAUAGUGCUUUGUUCAUUUUAAUUGCAAAGCUGCCAAAAUAGCUGAAGCCUAAUUACUUGACUUGCCUUGAUUGAUAGGACUGGGGCUUGGAGAAAAGGAGCAGAUGUUCCUGUAAGACUUUGAUUACAGAAGCCUUAUGUGCAUUGAUUUGAUUUUGUAUUUGUAGCUCAAAGCCGUUGUUGCUAAGUAGAACACUUCUAAGUUAUCUAAGCAACAGUUUGUUUGUUUUUUUUCCCCCAACAAGGAGAACUGAGUGGCAUGAAGGGUCCUGUGACAUGCACUAGGAAAGGCCAGCUUACUGCCACUCUCCCUUUCCUUGGCCAUUAGAGGGAGCUGUUGUCUUUCACUGAGAUUUGGGAGCAAAUCCUUAACUAUUCAGGAACUAAACCCUUAAAAAAAAAAUAAAAAUAAAAAAUAAAAAGAUAAGAUUUAGCUAAUUAUAUUUAAUACCCAGAAGAAAUUAUACCAAUUUUCCCUAGGUAAGACGGAAGAUAUAAGUUCAGUUUCAGAACACCGCCAUUAUACUGUGAUAAAGUAGUUUUUAAUUCAUUAAAAAUUCCAGAAGCAUUAGGUUAAUUUUUUUUUUGUUUUGUUUGGUACUGGGAAUCAAAGU